AUGGCACGCCAAAAACAGGCAGUGCCUUUACAACGGGCCACUUCUUCUGAAUUGAUGCACCUUGUGCCUGAAGAAUCCAAGUCAAUGUCUACACAACAGAAUGGCAGCGCUCAGAAGCCUGUUACCCUAAAUGGAUCUGCCUCGACAAAGGGACAAGCGCCUGAAGCUCCCCUGGAGACUCCGGGAUUGAUGCAACUUGCGAUUUGUGUCCUGGGUAUUUAUGCGUCAUUUCUGUCAUGGGGUGUUCUUCAAGAAGCGAUUACUACGGUCAACUUCCCAGUCCGUCCUCCAACUGCCGAAGAACCAAACCCGCCGACGGAGCGCUUCACCUUCUCGAUCGUUCUCAACACCAUACAAUCCACUUUUGCUGCGAUCACUGGUUUCCUCUACCUCUAUUUCUCUACUCCGGCCGGCAAGAAGGUUCCGUCCAUUUUUCCGACUCGCAAGAUUCUCUUCCCUUUGCUCCUGGUCAGCAUCUCCUCGUCGCUGGCGUCGCCGUUUGGAUAUGCCAGUCUUGCGCACAUCGAUUAUUUGACCUUUAUUCUGGCCAAGUCAUGCAAGCUUCUGCCUGUGAUGUUCCUCCACUUGACCAUCUUCCGCAAGACAUAUCCAUUGUAUAAGUACGGCGUUGUCUUGCUGGUCACCCUUGGAGUCGCAACUUUCACCCUCCACCACCCUGGAACCAGUAAGAAGGUUGCGGCGUCGGCAGCGAAGAACCAGUCCGGCUCAUCUCUGUAUGGAAUCUUCCUGCUUUCCAUCAACCUCCUUCUGGACGGCCUCACGAACACAACCCAAGACCAUGUCUUUAGCUCACCGCAAAUCUACACGCGCUUCACCGGACCGCAGAUGAUGGUAGCGCAGAACGUCCUUUCGACAAUCCUGACCACCACCUACUUGCUUGUCAUGCCCCAUCUGUCCUCUACCGGCGCCUUGCAUGCUCUUCUUCCCAUCCCAAUUCCACCUUCUACCGAAACCGAGCUUGCAUCCGCCGUUUCCUUCCUCUCACGACACCCAGAGGUGAUGAAGAAUGUGCUCGGGUUUGCCGCCUGCGGAGCCAUCGGCCAGCUUUUUAUAUUCUAUACGCUUUCUCGCUUCUCGUCUUUGCUUCUGGUGACUGUGACCGUCACGCGCAAGAUGCUCACCAUGCUGUUGAGCGUGUUCUGGUUUGGACACUCGUUGUCCGCAGGCCAGUGGCUCGGAAUUGGCCUUGUAUUCGGCGGCAUCGGGGCUGAAGCCGUGGUACAGAAGCGGGAGAAGCAAGCCAAAGAACGGGCGAAGGCAUUAGCUGGAAAGAAGGAUUAG